CCCCCCCCGCGACUGUAUUACGCCCCCAGGUGGCAUCACCCCCCCUCAGAGUAGUGGCCGCGGCCUAGUGGUGUGGGGCGAGCCCUAGGCCCGUGUGCGAGCCAGGGAUCUGUCGGUGGGAGAAACUGGGGGGCGGGGGGGUGAAAUUGGGGGGGGGGGGCCCUCCCCUCAGCCCAGUGCCAGGCCUGCGAAACGGGUUAAAACCCCAGGAAACUGGUAGUUUUCAGUGUCAACCAGCACCCAGGCCUUGCCCCGACAGCUCCGUGUGCAGGAGGGAGCUGGUGACAGGGCGGGUUGCAGGCAGCUGCCUGCUCUCUCCACCCCUCCUGGCUGCCUUCCUCCUCCUCCUCCUCCUCCUACUCCUCCUCGUCAGCCACUGUAAAUCCGCCUUCCCGGCGGAGAGCCAGAGCGUGCAGCUUAGCAGUGGAAAGCAGGCCUCCGCUCGGCCGGGGAAGACGGGGAAAGGAGGAAAAAAGGAGGAAAAAAGGCAAAAGGAAGGGGAAAAGGAGGAGUAAAGAAGGGAUAAAGGAGGAAGAAGGAGAGAAAAGGUGGUGAAAAGGACUAAAGAAGGAGAAAGAAGGGGGAAAAGGAGAAAAAAAGGAGGAAAGAAGAAGGAAAAAGGAGGAAAACAGAAGGAAAAAGGAAAAAAGGACUAAAGGAGAAAGAAGGAAGAAGAAGGAAAAAGGAAAGCAGAAGGAAAAAGGAAAAAAGGACUAAAGGAGAAAGAAGGGAAAAAAGGAGAAAAAAGAAGGAGAAGGAAAAAAGAGGAAAAAAGGAGACAGGAGGGAAAAAGGAAAAACGAAAAAAGGAAUAAAGAAGGAAAAAAGGAGAAAAAAGAAGGAAAAAAGAGGAAAAGAAGGUGGGAGUGGGGAAGCGACAGCAGCAAGGUGGCUGUGGAGAGCAUCUUCGCCAAGCUGUGUUUGCAGGAAAACCCUGGCGGGAGCACAGAACUCUGACCUUUCCCCCACACCGCUUUGGCUCCAUCCGAACCCCUCAGUUCUUCCCAGUUUUACCUUCUAAGGGAGAGGUUUGGGAUGCAGCUGAUCCUGGACAGACCCGGAGCGUUCCCAGGGGCCUGAGCCAGACCCACUUGAGGCAGGACGCCACAGUGAGGGUCCCACUACCGCCUGCUCCCAUGGAGCAGCCGCCUGAGCGGGAAGGGGCACUCCCAGCCCCUUCCAGCGGCGAAGGGACCUGCCAGCCCCCCGAGGAGACCCCCACUAGGGAAGAAAUGCCAGCUGGUGGUCGGGAGAGCCCAGCACUGGACGGGCAAGUCACCGUGCUGCAGGGUGGGGAAGUGGCCGUGCCUUCCCUCCCUGGCGUGGGGCAGCCGAGCGGUGCCCCACAUCUCCCCUCCAAUGAGCAUCUGCGGGAAGAUGCUGAGGAGAAGCAGCCCGCUGAGGGCAAACAGCCUGCUGAGGGCAGGGGGUCCCUGCCAGGUGCCCCCAUGCCCAGCCCGAGCGCCGGGGCGGUGGGGUUACCAGCUGAGCCCCCCCGAACCCAGACCCCCAGUCGGGAAGCAGAGGCAGAUUUUUAUUGUGUGAAGUGGAUCACCUGGAAAGGCGAGCGGACACCCAUCAUCACGCAGAGCGAGAAUGGGCCCUGCCCGCUCCUGGCCAUCAUGAACAUCCUCUUCCUGCAGUGGAAGGUGAAGCUGCCCCCGCAGAAGGAGGUGAUCACGGCCGAGGAGCUGAUGGCACAUCUGGGGGAGUGCAUCUUGUCCACCCAACCCCGGGAGCCGUCGGAGGGGCUGCAGCUCAACUUCCAGCAGAACAUCAACGACACCAUGACAGUCCUCCCCAAGCUCUCGACGGGGCUGGAUGUCAACGUGCGGUUCACAGGUGUCUCGGACUUUGAGUACACGCCCGAGUGCAUUGUCUUUGACCUCCUCAAUGUCCCGCUCUACCACGGCUGGCUGGUGGACCCCCAGAGCCCAGAGGUGGUGCGCGCCGUGGGCAAGCUCAGCUACAACCAGCUGGUGGAGAAGAUCAUCACCUGCAAACAGGCCAGCGACUCCAGCCUGGUCAGUGAAGGGCUGGUGGCUGAGCAGUUCCUGGAGUCCACGGCCUCCCAGCUGACCUACCACGGGCUGUGCGAGCUCACGGCCGCUGUCAGGGAGGGCGAGCUCAGCGCCUUCUUCCGCAAUAACCAUUUCAGCACCAUGAUCAAGCACAAGGGCCACCUUUACCUGCUGGUGACAGACCAGGGCUUCCUGCAGGAGGAGGGGGUGGUCUGGGAGAGCCUCCACAACGUGGAUGGAGACAGCUGCUUCUGCGACACCGAUUUUCACCUCAGCCACGCUCCGGGCAAGGAGGGGGCUGCCGCGGCCCCCCUUGACCACCGGCUCCAGCAGAGACAAGUGGACCAGGAUUACAUGAUCGCCCUGUCGCUGCAGCAACAGCAGGGACAGGACCCCUCUGCGCUCAGUGACCUGGAGCUCGCUCGCCAGCUGCAGCAGGAGGAGUAUCAGCAGCAGCAGCGGCAGCAGCAGGUCCCGGCGCAGGUAACCAGGGUCGCGCGCAGCCGGGUGGCCGGGCAGCUGGAGAGCGGAGGCAGCGGCAGAAGCCUGACUUGGACUGCACCCUCUUGUAGCGCCCUGUGCCCGGCCCCCUGGGGGGCCCCUGCCCAGUUCCUGCCGUGGCCCCCCCCGGCUCCUGGCCAGGCUGGGGCAUGUGGUGGGGUCCCCGCGCCCGCAGCACCCCGACUCCCUGUGCUCCUCUGUCUUCCAGGGACACGCUGUGGGGGUCCCUGGGAACAGGAGUGGGGGACACAGGCGAGGGGGUGUCCAUCCUUACCUACUGCCGGGACCACCCAAACCUUUCCAAGUGGCCUUAACACGGGGGGGUCCCACCCGGGGGGUCCCACUCAGGGAGAGUCCCUGCUCCGAGACGCGGGGGGGACAUGCGUCGAGGGGGGACACGCACCCCCGUGUCCAAAACGUGGCCUUAGCCCUUGGCAAAUAAAGGACUUGUCCCCGUGCUCAGGGGUCCGGCUGUCUGACACCAGCGGGACCUCCGUGCCCCACGGACACGCGGGGUCGGGGGUUUGGGGUGAGGGGACCCUCCGCGCCCACGGACACGCGGGGUCGGGGGCCCCCCGUGGGGUGCGGUGGCACGGCGCGGCCGGCAGGGGUCGCCGCGCACCGGUAGCGCUGCCGGGGGGGUGUGUGGGGUGGGGGAGCUAUAGGGGACGUAUAGGGGGUGUAUAGGGGUGCACAGGGGUG